AUGGAGGGUUUCUCCAGCGUAUCUUCGAUCACUAAGAGGUUAGAAGGCAAAGUUGCCAUUAUUACAGGCGGAGCAAGCGGAUUCGGAGAGAGCAGUGCAAGAACGUUUGCCCAGCAUGGUGCGAAAGUUGUGAUUGCUGACGUCCAAGAUGAUAAAGGUCGGUCCAUUUGUGAAGAGCUCGGAUCACCAGAAAACUUUUCAUAUAUCCAUUGCGAUGUCACAAUUGACAACGAUGUCAAAAACGUUGUUGAUUUCACACUGCUCAAACAUGGAAAACUAGACAUCAUGUUCAACAAUGCCGGUAUCCCUGGAAACAUAGAUUUCAGUAUUGUAGAUUCAGACAGUGAAAACUUCAAAAGGGUUUUCGAUGUGAAUGUUUUUGGUGCAUAUCUAGGAGCCAAACAUGCAGCCAGAGCCAUGAUUCCGGCGAAAACUGGCGUAAUUCUCUUCACUUCAAGCAAUGCUUCUGUUGUUUCAGGCGAAUCCCCUCAUUCCUAUGCAGUGUCGAAACACGCAGUGGUGGGGUUGAUGAAGAAUUUGUGUGUGGAAUUAGGGCAGUAUGGGAUAAGGGUGAAUUGCAUAUCACCAGGUGCGGUUGCGACACCACUGCUGACAAAAGCAAUGGGAGUGGAUAAGAGUAUUGUGGAAGAAAUACUCUAUGCUUCUUCGAAUUUAAAAGGGGUGGUGCCGACAGCGGAGGAUGUGGCGGAGGCGGCUCUGUAUUUGAGCAGCAAUGAAUCCAAGUUUGUGAGUGGAGUCAAUCUUGUGAUUGAUGGAGGUUACAGUACAACCAACCAAACUUACACAAAGGCGAUCAAGAAUUUUCUGUCCAAAUGA